AAUAAAUCAGCUAACGUUAAAUUCUUACUUAAAAUUGUCAUGUUGUUUUCUAUAAAUAAACCAGAAAACAAGGAGAAUUUAGGUGUACAUAUAUACUUUCUUGAAGUAAUUGCUGUUUCUAUCGUUUCUCGCCAUUAUACAUGUCCAUAGAGUGAAAAUGUCUUUAAAAAAAGCUUUAACUUAUCGGUGUAGGCAGACGAAAAAGAAGUUUAUAGGAGCACUAUAUUCCUGGUAUUGAUUCUUGUACUUUUCCUCAUAACUUUUUAUAUGUUGUACUCUACCGAAAAGCAAUCUCUAUAAAGUGCUAGUGUCGAUAAACGCUUCAUUUGAAGGACCUUUUUCUUUUUUCUAUAUAAUAUAAAAAAACCAUUUAAAUUAAAUCUUAGCAUUUGACGAUUCGAACUAAACGUAAUCACCGUUGAUUUCUGACUGUAGGAAAUUCCAAUAUCAACAGAAAGUUAGUCAUUACACUACAGACUUUAUUUUUUCCUUGCGACCAGCUUUUGGUCAUGAAUGCUCUUUUUCCUUAUAUUUAAUAAGUAUCAAAGAUCUACUGACAUAGAAGAAAGAAAGUGAACCCGGAAGAUGACUAUUCAGAACUUUUGCCGUGGAUGUGGCCAUGUAUUACAAUCCCUAGAUUCGAAAGCAAGCGGAUACAAACGCUUGCUUAAACCUUCGGUUUCGCAUGUAAGCCCUCAAACGUCGCGAUGGAAUUCUCGAAGAAAUGAACAAAGCGUAUUUGAAAAUGCAUUCUCUAAGUUAGAUCCAAAAAACCAAAAGCUCUUUCCUAAAUCACCUUCAAUCCCUAACGUCAAAGAAAAAGCCUUCAAUACUCAUCUAUGGUGUCAACGAUGCCACGAUAUAAAGUUUUAUAAUCGCUUUCAGCAGGAGGACUUGCUGCAGGAGUCAACAACUACGUUAACUGAAGUCAUGAAGGGUAUAAACGCUGAUUCCAAAACGUCUUUGGUUCUUCAAGUUACCGAUGUUAGUAAUCUUAAUCCAGAACAAUUUAUUUCAGCUAAAAGGAUGACGGACUUUCCUGUGUUUCAUGUUUUUAGCCACGUUGAUACUCUUCCUCGACCUAAUGCUUCUUGGUUAUUCCCGGCGCUUGAUCUAUCUCCCGAAAAUGCCAUGCUACUAACAGCACAUCGAAGCACCACAGAAACUAUCAGGGAACUUCUUAGAAAAAUUCACCCAAUGCUUAAGCCAGGUAGCCAUGUAUACGUUAUCGGAGAAGCGAAUUCCGGCAAGUCCAGUCUUAUUCAAAGUUUUGCUCAAUACGGAAAUGGUUUGGUGAAAGAAUUAUCAAUGGAAAGUUUAUUACCAGGAACAACGCUGAAAUCUAUUUCUUUUUCAGCUUCAAGUUUUGGAAAAACUUUUGCUAGUCUCCAAGAUGGCAACGUGAUAGAUACCCCAGGAUAUUCUGGAGCUUUAGGUUCUUUAUUACCAUGGAUAGAUUCAAAGGCUUUUAGAGAGUUGGUUCCUAAAGUUCGCACACGAAAAAAACAGCUACAAUCUAAACCAGUGCAGGUGCCGAUUUACUCUACCCAGAGUAUUCUAUUUGGAGGUCUUAUUCGUGUUACACCCAUUGAAGUGUCAGCUGAGGACUUCAUCGAUUUGGAGCAAAGUCAAAUUCAGAGGAAUAAAGAAAAUAACAUACAGUCUAAUGAGAAAGGUAUAUUUUCAUUCCAGAUUCCUCCCUAUAUUUCCCACCCAAAUUACAAAGAGCCAUUGCUGGCUAAAAUUUUCACAAAAUUACCUUUCCACGUGAGCAGAACUGAAAAAAUAAAACGUUUUGAAAAAGAAUGCGUAGAAAAGUCUACAAUUCAACUUGUCACUCGUGCACCCAGCAAGUUGCUGCCUUCAUUUUGCGUAUAUAUACAACCAAAAAAACUUCACUCUCAUGUGUUUGACUCUUUCUCAAACGGGGAAUUAAUAAUCCACAACUUUGGCUUUGUUUCCUUUGAUACUCCCCGACCAUUCAAACUACUUGUUGAGGCCGUAAAUCCUCUGGCUGUAUCAUGGAGACCUUCAAGUUACAUAUUGGAGACUUCAAAGUCAACUUCCUAAUCUUACAGCCCCCAAUUUUGUUUGCUAAUUUUUUUAGUUAAUUUUGUUAUAGAGACCUGUUUCGCUGGACUUGAAUGAUGCUAUAAAUGAAUAUUAUGAUGUUGAUCAAGCUAGACAUUAAUGUAAUAAACUUUCCGCAA